AAUUCAGUAUAAACAGACGAUGAAUAAAGAAGAUGAGAAUAAAACCCUGAGUAUUAAUGUCAAGCUAACCAGAGAUGAAUUAUUGUUGAUUGAAAGUACCCUGGAGGGUGGGCGAGGACUAAAAGAUUACUUUCUGGAGGAGUUUCAG